GAGAUAUCCCAAAGUGAAGAAGUAAGACCAAAGUCAGAAAAAUGGUCUCAAAGAGAAAGUCAAGAACUUCAAAGAAUAUAGAAGAUUCUUGUAUCCAUCUAUGUUCUGUUUUCUUCAGAUCCUUUUUCUAUACUCUUACCGCAUUUCUCUUCUUCUUUCUUCUUUAUCUUUGGUUAUCUUUCAACAGUGUAAUCUCCCACAACUUCCACAUAUGUAUCUUCUCUCAGAAGUUCAACGAUCCUUAUUGUAACACGGCUGGUUCUAAACCCGGUUUUCAAAUCAAUUCUGAAGAAGAUGAAAAUUUCACCGGAGAGACUGCAGGAGAUAUAGUUUCUGGUGAUCCCACGAAGAUUUUUCGCAAUGAAGAUAAAAAAGGGUAUGAUGUUCUAAAACAAGUAGACAAACACAAGAAUCUUGAUUCCGUUCUUGGUGUUAAAGACGGUUUUUUAAAGAAUGAUACUUUCACCGGAGAGACCGCCGGAGAUAGAGUUUCUAAGGGUCCCAACAAGAUUCUACAAAGUGAAGAUAAAAAGGAGUAUGAUGUUCUUGAACAAGAAGAUAAACCCAAGAAUCUUGAUUCAGUUCCUGAUCAAGAACACAAACCCAAGAACAAGGAGGAUCUCAGUUCACUCAUUGACCUAAAAGCCGAGGAAGAAUACAGAAAAUACAUCAAACCGAAGAGUGAAGAAGAGGGAUAUGCGCUAAGGGCAGUCAUCAAGUAUCUUUACCUACAGAGAUCAUGGCUAGCUCCGGGAGAUGAAAACAUCAAUAAAUCGCGAUCGUGUGAAGGUAAAGGACUUUAUGUUUAUGAUUUACCGUCGAAAUUCAACAGAGAUUUGUUGGUAGGAUGCAACGAUAUACUUCCAGGGGUUAACUUGUGUAGUUACUUCAAGAAUGAAGGCUUUGGAGAAGCUAUUAAGAAUCUUGGUAAAGGUUGGUUUGCAACACACAUGUAUUCUCUUGAGCCUAUCUUACACUCUAGGGUUUUGAAGCAUCCUUGUAGGGUUUACAACGAAAGCCAAGCUAAGCUCUUCUAUGUUCCAUACUAUGGCGGUUAUGAUGUUUUGAGAUGGCACUAUAGGAAUGUUUCUGAAGAUGUGAAGGACCGGUUGGGGAUCGAGGUUUUAAAAUGGCUUGAAUCAAAGGAAUCAUGGAGGAGAAAUGCCGGUAAAGAUCAUGUGUUUGUUCUAGGAAAAAUUACUUGGGAUUUCAGGAGAGAUAAGGUCCCUUGGGGCUCAAGGUUCCUUGAGCUACAAGAAAUGCAAAACCCUACCAAGCUACUCAUCGAAAGACAGCCAUGGCAGGUAAACGACAUCGCCAUUCCUCACCCGACUUAUUUCCAUCCGAGAACAGAUGACGAUAUCACCAGCUGGCAGAUCAAGAUCAUGAGUAAACCUCGCCCGCAUCUAGUAAGCUUCGCCGGGGGUGCAAGAUCCGAGAACCCUGAUAACAUCCGAUCAACGCUAAUCGAGCAAUGCGUAUCUUCAUCUUCCAACCAAUGUCGGUUCUUGGAUUGUACAAACGGAGGCUGCAAGAAUCCAAAGAAUGUUCUUGAUUUGUUUCAAGAUUCGGAGUUUUGUCUGCAGCCGCCUGGAGAUAGUGCAACAAGGAGAUCGGUAUUCGAUUCACUAAUCUCCGGUUGUAUUCCUGUGAUCUUUACUCCGUACACGGCUUACUACCAGUACGCGUGGCAUCUUCCUGAGGAUCAUCAGAGAUACUCAGUGUAUAUAAGCGAACAAGAUGUGAAGGAAAAGAGAGUAAAUGUGGUGGAGAUAUUGAAGGCAAAGACUCUAAGGGAGAAAAAGGAUAUGCGAAGUUACAUCAUUCAUCAGUUGUUGCCUGGUUUGGUCUAUGGAGACUCUAAUGCUAAAGAGAUAGUUCCUGGUGAAGAUAAAAAGCGUUACGGUGUGAAUCUUCAUUCUGUUCUUGAUCAUAAAGGUAAGAAGGAAUCCGAGGAAGAACAAUACCAAUACAUUAAACCUAGGAGUGAAGGAGAAGGCUACGCGUUAAGGGCGGUGAUUAAGUAUCUUCAUAAUGAAGGUUUUGGAGAAGCAAUUGAGAAUCUUGGUCAAGGUUGGUUUAGGACACAUCAAUAUGCUCUUGAACCGAUCUUCCACUCUAGGGUUUUGAAGCAUCCUUGUAGGGUUUACAACGAAAACCAAGCUAAGAUCUUUUCUGUCCCCUUUUAUGGCGGUUUCGAUGUUUUGAGAUGGCAUUUCAAGAAUGUUUCGGACAAUGUGAAGGACAUGUUGGGGAUCGAGAUUUUGAAAUGGCUUGAAACAAAGGAAUCUUGGAAGAGAAACAACGGAAAAGAUCAUGUGUUUGUCCUCGGAAAGAUUUCUUGGGAUUUUAGAAGAAGUAAGCUUCCUUGGGGAUCAAGGUUCCUUGAGUUACAAGAAAUGCAAAACCCUACAAAACUUCUUAUCGAAAGACAUCCAUGGGAAGUCAAUGACAUCGCAAUCCCGCAUCCGACAUAUUUCCACCCAAAAACAGACUAUGAUACUCUUAGCUGGCAAGUUAAGAUGAUAAGAAAACCUCGUAGGAAUCUAAUAAGUUUUGCUGGAGGUGCAAGACCCGGUAAUCCUAAUAGCAUCCGGUCAACGCUAAUCGAACAAUGCACAUCAUUUUCUAACCAAUGUAGGUUCUUAAACUGUACUUACGGAAGUUGCGACAAGCCUGAGAAUGUCAUAGAGCUAUUCCAAGACUCGGAGUUCUGUCUACAACCGUCAGGAGAUAGUCCAACGAGAAAAUCGGUUUUCGAUUCACUAAUCUGCGGUUGCAUUCCAGUGAUAUUUAAUCCAUACACAGCUUAUUAUCAAUACGCUUGGCAUUUACCAGAGAAUCAUCAAAAAUACUCAGUGUAUAUAAACCAAGAAGAUGUAAAGGAAAAGAGAGUAAACGUGGUAAAGAAGUUGAUGGCAAAGACUCUAAAAGAGAAAGAGUAUAUGAGAAGUUACAUUGUUCAUCAGCUUUUGCCUGAAACAGCAAGCUAUUGUAGAGGCACUUGUCUUCUUCUCCAGAUUAUCACCGGUCAGUGUUCGGAUCCACAAAAUCAGAAGAAGACGAUGAUGAAGCUCAAAGUGUAUGCAGAUCGGAUGUCACAGCCGUCUCGUGCUGUUAUCAUAUUCUGCAAGGUUAAUGAAAUCCAAUUCGAGGAGGUUUUGAUCUCCUUGGGGAAGAGUCAGCAAUUAUCACCUGAAUUCAAAGAUAUUAACCCAAUGGGGAAAGUUCCAGCUAUUGUUGAUGGCAAACUUAAGCUCUUUGAGAGUCACGCUAUCUUGAUAUAUCUUUCCUCAGCAUUCCCAAGUGUAGUUGAUCAUUGGUACCCGAAUGAUCUUUCCAAAAGAGCCAAGAUUCACUCAGUCUUGGAUUGGCAUCACACCAAUUUACGCCCUGGUGCAGCUGGAUAUGUUCUGAAUAGCGUUCUAGCUCCAGCUCUUGGUCUUCCUCUGAAUCCAAAAGCAGCUGCUGAAGCUGAGAAUAUACUAACAAAGUCUCUCUCCACUCUAGAGAGUUUUUGGCUUAAGGGAAAUGCCAAGUUCUUGCUCGGAAGCAACCAACCAUCUAUAGCUGAUCUGAGCCUUGUAUGUGAACUGACACAACUGCAGGUUUUGGAUGACAAAGAUCGUCUUAGAUUGCUCAGCCCUCAUAAGAAAGUUGAACAAUGGAUUGAGAAUACGAGAAAGGCGACAAUACCUCACUUUGAUGAGGUCCAUGAGGUCCUUUUCAGAGCCAAAGAUAGAUUUCAGAAGCAUCGAGAGAUGGAAACCGCAUCUAAUCCGGGUCCUCAAUCUAAGAUUAUCCAAUUUAGUAGUAUUGGUGGGAAGAGUGAUGAUCCAAACCUCGUUCAAAAUACAACCGAUCGUAGAAAAACAAGACGCAAAUGGAGACCACCUGAAGAUGUCAUUCUCAUUAGUGCUUGUUCAAACACCUCUGAAAAUCCUAAGGGUGGUGGAAGCUCAAAGAGAACAAAGUUGAAUGGAGGUGGUGUAUAUUCUUCAAGCUCUAAUCCGGAGAGUCAGCCUAUAGCUCUAGAUGGAGAGGAGGAAGUUAUGGAUCGUCCUCUUGCUGUGAAGUCAUCAAAGCAAAAAGGGAAGAAAGUUGCUACUAAAACAACGAUUGAAGAAGAAAGGGAGGCCGAUUCUCGAUCAAGACUUGAGAACUUGUGGGCACUGAAGGAGAAAGACGUAGAAGAGCAAAAGAAACUAACAAGGAUGGAAGUCCUUAAAAGUCUUCUUGGAAGAACAACAGAUCAACUUUCUGAAAAAGAAGAAACUUUGAAGAACAGGCUCAUUGAUGAGAUGCUCUAAUCUCUAUGUUCUCGUUGUGUUUAUUUUUGUAUUUUAUCUAUGUUAUUAGUAUCUAGCGUCUGUCUGUUUCUUAUCAAAGACAAAAGUAAAUUCUACAGGUUAUG